AUGCUGCAGGCACUGUGCCGUGGCCACAAACUGCAAACUGUUAGCCCCUUCGUGGCCACCAGCCACACCUGCCAGCGGGUCCAGCUCGGCAGAGCAGCCCGAAGCUCGCUGGCUGUCCCGGAGCAGGAGGAGGAGGAGGAGGAAGAGAAGCAGGAACAUGACAUCUCCCUCUUCGUCAAGGCUGGCAGUGAUGGGGAAAGUAUUGGAAAUUGCCCAUUUUCUCAGCGUCUUUUUAUGAUUCUGUGGCUAAAAGGUGUCAUAUUUAAUGUCACAACCGUGGAUUUGAAAAGAAAACCUGCAGACUUGCAGAACCUAGCCCCGGGAACAAACCCCCCCUUCAUGACAUUUGACGGCGAAGUGAAGACCGACGUCAAUAAGAUUGAGGAGUUCUUGGAAGAAAAAUUAGCGCCGCCCCGGUAUCCCAAACUUGCACCAAACCACCCUGAGUCUAACUCUGCAGGAAAUGAUGUGUUUGCAAAAUUCUCUGCGUUCAUAAAGAACCCAAAAAAAGAUGCUAAUGAAAAUUUGGAAAAAUCUUUGCUUAAAGCCCUGAGGAAGCUGGACAACUACUUAAAUAGCCCCUUGCCAGAUGAAAUUGAUGCUUACAGCACCGAGGAGAUCACUGUUUCCAGUCGGAAGUUCCUGGAUGGAGAUGAGCUCACCUUAGCAGAUUGCAACCUCCUACCAAAGCUCCAUAUAAUUAAGGUUGUUGCAAAAAAAUACAGAAAUUUUGAAUUUCCACCUGAAAUGACAGGGAUUUCAAGAUACUUGAACAAUGCAUAUGCAAGAGAUGAAUUUACAAACACUUGUCCUGCUGAUCAAGAAAUUGAGUAUGCAUAUUUGGAUGUUGCAAAGAGAAUGAAGUAAAUGGAAGAUGCUUCUGUUUGUCAUUCCUUCUGAGAUUUAGAUGGGCACCAGCCAACAUGGAAAAAAACAAAACAAAAAACCUGUACACUCUGCAGUGUAAGUUCUGUCAUUGGCCAAUCCUUCUUUUACAGUAAUUGUACAGCAUUAUUUGCUAAUUCUUAAAUUAUACAUGUAUAUGUUUGUGUGUCUGGGCAGAUGUAUACACACACAAAUGUGUGUACUGCAUUCCAAAUUAAAGACAGAUCAAUGUUAAAGCAUUUGUUGAAGUUAGGGGAACAGUGUAGGUCACACAAUCAGAGAAAAAUUACAGACUAGUGACUUAUGCUAAAUUACUGAAUUUUGGGAAGAAAUAGCCCUGUUUCUCACACAUAUUUAACCUGUCGUUAUUGCUGCCUCGGAUCUGUUUCAUAUUUGUUGCCAAACUUCACAGUUACCAGGAGGGUUUCUGUUUGCUUCUCCGUAAGUAUCAGAGGGCUGCAAGCCAAUUCUUGGCAUGCCCGCAGCAACCCUGGUUUAUCCAGGAGAAAGGCCAUCUGGUAGGUUGGACCACACCUGCCUUCCCAGAAGCCCUCUCCUCUCUGCUAGAGACCUGUAGAGCAGGUUGAUGAAGAACAACUCCUUUGCACAUUGUAUGAGUCCUUCUUCGGUAUUUAUCCUGCCUUCUCCUUUCUCAGGGCUGCACAACCCACCCAGCCUCCUCCAGUCCUGGUGAUCCCCAUCAAAGAGGGGAGCACAGACUAUCCCUAGCCUGUAGACUAUCUAAUAAUAAAUAUUUGAUAAGGGAGGAGCGAGAGGCUUGGUUGUCACUGUGGAGACAAGGAAUGGGAGAAUAUCUCUUCUCAGCUACUGAGGGAGGAUCCUUCUUUCCUGGCCUUCCAUGACUCCCAUUGAUUUUAGAAAGCAAAGAGGAGGAGAAGGGCUAAGACAGAAAUAGUCCUUUUCCACUCUCUCCUGAUGGUUGAGCUCCAGUGUACUGGAUUUCCCGAGGCAGUUGUUAGGCCUUCAUUGAUAAGAGCUUUACAGCUGAUCAAAGAGCUGUCUACCAGGGACAAGACAGACACUGCUCCAGCUGUAGGUGGGGGAUGCAUUAGAUGAGCCCCUCCAGCCUUGCAGGAGUCUGGUUUCAAGGCAGUCAGUACUAGUGAGAAACACCCUCUAGCCUGGCGUCUGGGAACACAGUGUUAGAGAUGUUUGGCCUGUGAGAAGGUACAUUCCCAGCUGCUUUCUGCUGAGCAGGCUCUCAGCAGGCAAGUAGGAGUAGAGGGUGCAAUGCUGUAGUCAUAGGGUCAUCUGGAAAUUUCCUUUGGAUGUAUUUUGCCUGUGUGUACAAAAUAGAUGUGAAAAUGGCUAAAAUAAAUAGCCUAUGUUAAUGUCUAUGUCCACAAAAAGACUGUUACAGAAUAGUCAUUCAUCUUUGCCCUUAUCAAACAUAUACCUGCUUUCUUACAAAGCAUUACUUAUGGUAACAGUAGGUGUCAGGUAUAUUGUGUCUGCGAUAUUUUGCUCCUACACACUAUAUCUAUGCACACAUCAUCCUAUACACUACAACUGUGAGUUCUGUUGCAAAUAUCCUAUCACAAUUGUUUGUAAACAGCAUUAGAUAUGGAGUUUUAAUUUGUCUUCUUUAGAGAACAGACACAAUAUCUUUCCCCUCCCUCCCUCAGUUCUGAGUUUAUAUAUUGGGGAUGAUAGCUGAGCAGUCACUCAUCAAAUAUUACUAACUGCUACUUUGUAUUUUCAAAUACAUAUAUAUA